CGCACUGUGACCACUGCCCACAAACCACAAACAGACGCAUCGCAAGAUGUCGAUCACCACCAAUUUCCUCGUGCUCGCGCUAGCAGCAGGCCUCGUGCUAGUCGCCUUCCCGAGCCUCUGCCGCGGCGGCGGCGAUGACGACGAUGAGUGCCAGCCGGUCGGCACGCUGUGGGCGCCGACCCAGAAUAACCACUCCUGCGAGGAAUGCUGCGAGGCCGGGCACUCCUACAAGACGUACCGGUGCUCGCCGCCGGUGGUCGUCUCGGGGCCGGGGGGCGGCGGCGGCGGCGGCACCAAGGCCAUCAUGACGCUCAACAACUUCACGGAGGGCGGCGACGGCGGCGGCCCGUCGGAGUGCGACGGCGAGUUCCACAGGAACUCGGAGCGCGUCGUGGCGCUCUCCACGGGGUGGUACGCCGGGGGCAAGCGCUGCGGGAACAGCGUGCGGAUCUGGGCCAAGGGCAGGUCCGUGCUCGCCGAGGUCGUGGACGAGUGCGACUCCCUGCGUGGCUGCGACCGUGAGCACGGCUACCAGCCGCCGUGCCGCUACAACGUCGUCGAUGCAUCCCAGGCUGUGUGGGACGCGCUGCGCAUAGCGGGUGACGACGUCGGCGAGUACCCUAUCACAUGGUCCGAUGCGUGUAGCGUUGGAUAUCGAGACUGUUAUAGCUUUUUUCGAGCUUUUUUGGGAAUUAGCAUAAUCUUAUUUAUCAUAGUCUUCCUGCACACAACACAACGCAACGCAACACAACACAGAACAGUUUUCAUCACAAAGAUGUCGACGGCCAGCCUACUCAUGCUUGCUCUGGCAGCGCUCCUGCUCGUCAUCACCUUCCCAAAUCUUUGCGGCAGCAGCGCAGCAGCUCACGGCCUAGACCAGUGCCGGGGCGACCCGCUGCGGGCGCCGAGGACGGGCCACACGUGUGGGGAAUGCUGCAAGCCCGGGCACAUCUACAAGACCUACCGGUGCUCGCCGCCGGUCUCCGGGGACACCAGGGCCAUCAUGACGCUCAACGACUUCUCCGAGGGCGGCGACGGCGGCGGCCCGUCGGAGUGCGACGGCAAGUACCAUAACAACACUGAGCUAGUAGUGGCGCUCUCCACGGGGUGGUACGACAAGGGCGAGCGCUGCCACAAGCAGAUACAGAUCCACGCCAAGGGCAGGUCCGUGCUCGCUAAGGUCGUCGACGAGUGCGAUUCCCUACACGGCUGCGACCCCAAGCACGCCUACCAGCCACCGUGCCGCCCCAACAUAGUCGACGCGUCCCAGGCCGUGUGGGACGCUCUACACAUCACCGGGGAUGAGGUUGGCGAGUACCCUAUCACCUGGUCGGAUGCAUGAGCUAGCUAGUCGUGUGUAUAUCUCUGCUGGCUUGACGGCAGCUAUAUAUAUAUUUACCGUUUUGUUACAACUAUCGAUAUGAAUGUGUGGUGAUAUAGUGUAAGUUCAUGAGUGCCUCAGAUGUCGUUGAUCAAUGGAUCAAUAAAUGAUACUUCCUUCGUAUAAAAACA